AUGUUCCAGGGCUUUUAUAAUGGAUCAACUGUAUCGAAACAUCCAUGCGACAUUGAGGAUGUAAUUGAGCGAGCUCAUUUAUUUAAUGUGGAUAAAAUGUUGGUAACUGCAUCUACAAUUAAUGAGAGUCGGGACCACUUUCAGUUGUGUGAGAAAUACUCAAACCAGUUUAACUCGACAGCUGGAGUACAUCCGUGCUCAGUUGCCAAAGAAUUUUACCAACAAGAAGAAGGUGGCCACUAUACCAAUCAAUUACGAGAUGACGUAGAUGAAAAGCUUCAAGAGUUGAAAAAUAUACUUAUCAAGGGUCACCAACUAGGGUAUGUAAAGGCAUUGGGUGAAAUUGGUUUGGAUUACGAUAGGCUUCAUUAUUCAACCAAGGAACAACAGAUUGAAAUGUUCAAAAGACAGUUGGAUUUGCUCAGAGAACUACCGUUUAAGAUUCCGUUAUUUUUGCACAUGAGGGCAGCAUGCGACGAUUUUGUAGAAAUCAUUCAGCCAUAUAUCGAUACGGGAAUAAUAGAAAGGGGCAAAGGGGUGGUGCAUUCGUUUACCGGCAGCAAAAGCGAACUACAAAAAAUACUUGAUUUGGGGUUUUUCAUUGGAGUCAAUGGCUGCUCUUUGAAGACGCAAGAGAAUGUUGAAGUUGCCUCAAAAAUCCCUAUUGACAAACUUAUGAUUGAAACCGAUGCACCUUGGUGUGGGAUCCGAAAGAGCCAUGCCUCAUACAAGUACCUCACGCCGUAUCCAAAUAAAUUUUAUCCAGAAAUUGAAAGUGGACUCGAACUAAAUGAAGCAAAACCGGUAUUUCAGCUAGAUGAUCAUUUGCCCUUUCCAUCUAUCAAGAAGGAGGCUUAUGAAAAACACUCGAAUUAUGUGAGCCAGAAAAGUAACAGUGUAAUUUGUAUUAAAAGGAAUAUUGGGGUUUUCAGUAAACCCAUGAUAAAAUCUAGAAAUGAGCCGGUUGCAGUAGGUCUUGUGGCAGAAGUACUUGCCAAGAUUCAUGGCAUAGAAGAGGACAAGGAAAUUGAGAAUUUUAUUGAUACGAUUUUCGAGAAUUCUGAAAAACUCUUUACAUAG